GCGAGUAAUUUUUUUUUUUUUAAACCCACUUGUUUGAAUCUACCAACUAAAAUGAAGCAGUGAAAGAGUUGACCAUUGAUCUCAACUCAACUCACAAAUACAUGAAUCCUAAAGACAAGAAGAUUCAAUUUUCUAACUCCCUUCUUAAGAAAUAAGAAUAAUUCUUCUCCUUUUCCAAGCAAUGAGAGCAGAAAAAGCUUCCCAAUCCAAACCUCCCACCACAAGAAACCAGAGAAGCAGCCCUUCUCCAUAGCCAGAUCCACCGCUUUAAUUUCUUCUUCUUCAUGUCUUUCUGAAACCCUUCACCCAAUCUUUAUAUAUAUAUGUAUAUAUAUAUGUAAAUUAAUUAUUAAUGUUAUGGAAAAACAGCACGGGUACAUAUUGCCUCUGAUUGUGUCCGUAAUCGUCGCCCUUGGCGUCGUCUCCUUCGCUCUCUGCAUCGCCGCUGAAUUCAAGAAGUCAAAGAAGGAGGAUCUCCGGCUAGACGGCGAGUUUUGUUACUUGCCACGGAGCGCGGCUUUUGGAUUGGGAAUUGCGGCUUUGGUCUGUUUUAGCGGCGCUCAGGUCGCCGGAAACUUGCUGGUCAUCGGCCGGACGUUUUUGUUGGACAAGCGGCGCAAGUCAAAAUUCGUAAUCUUCUGCGUGGUGCUGUCAUGGGUGAGCUUUGGAGUUGCAGCUAUUUUAAUGGGUACAGCCACAAGCAUGAACAAAAGUCAGCCCUUAGGUGAAGGGUGGUUAGAUGGAGAGUGCUAUAUGGUGAAGAAUGGAGUUUUUAGUGCCUCUGCAAUUUUGAUCAUCAUUACUGUGGCCUCUACUCUUGCUUCUGCCCUCAUUACAACACAAAAGAGGCAGUUGGUUGAGCAAACUACAAAGGUCCAUGCCCAUGGAUCAAAAUAAAAUAAUACAACACAUACAUACAUAUAAUCUUGACGAGGAAUACAUGGUACAAAUAUACAUAGGUUUUUCCCUAAUAUACAAUUCCCCCUCAAAUUGUUUGAACAAGGUAUAGAUACAUUGAAAUGUUACCCAAUAUUUUGGCUCAAUUUCAAAUAAUGAAUUGAAA